AGUCCGGUGCAGAAAAGGGUCCGUCAGGACCUUGAGCCUAGGAAUAAAAGAUCCCGGUGUUUCUUCUAGCCGCGGGGCUGGAAAGGCAAUAUCGCAGGCCGCGGGCUUUGGACGCUAAGGACCCCCGCCCCUGCUGUGGCCUGGUCUCGUAGGACCCGGCGAAGAAGGACGCUAAGAGGGGCGUUGUGGUUCUGUUUUGUUUUGUUUUACCUGAGGGGGAGCGAUGACUGCAACGUACCGGAAGCGGCACCGUGGGAAGCCCGCGGGAGCGGCGGCGACGUGUCUUCUCUGCGGCGCUAGGAGCACUUCCCCAGGGUUCUGGGCUGGGAAGGCGGCGGCUACGUGCCUCCUCACCUACCCCUGGCGGGGCCAGCAGGCUUGGCAGCGUGGGGCGGCGGCGGCGAAGACCGGGGCUGGGAGCGUUGGCGGCCGGGGUCCCAACCAUGGCCCAGUCUGUGGAGCGGCUGCAGCAGCGGGUAGAGGAGCUGGAGCGGGAACUGGCACAGGAGAGAAGUCGGCGGGCCGUGGGGGGCGGCGACGGAGGAGGGGGCCGGGUCCGCAUCGAGAAGAUGAGCCCGGAGGUGGUGGACUCCAACCCCUACAGCCGCCUGAUGGCUUUGAAACGAAUGGGAAUUGUAAGCGACUAUGAGAAAAUCCGAACCUUUGCUGUAGCAAUAGUAGGUGUUGGUGGAGUUGGUAGUGUGACUGCUGAAAUGCUGACAAGAUGUGGCAUUGGUAAGUUGCUACUCUUUGACUAUGACAAGGUGGAACUGGCCAAUAUGAAUAGACUUUUCUUCCAGCCUCAUCAAGCAGGAUUAAGUAAAGUUCAAGCAGCAGAAUAUACUUUGAGGAACAUUAAUCCUGAUGUUCUUUUUGAGGUACACAACUACAAUAUAACCACAGUAGAAAACUUUCAGCAUUUCAUGGAUAGAAUAAGUAAUGGUGGAUUAGAAGAGGGAAAACCUAUUGAUCUAGUUCUUAGCUGUGUGGACAAUUUUGAAGCUCGGAUGGCAAUAAAUACAGCUUGUAAUGAACUUGGGCAAACGUGGAUGGAGUCUGGGGUCAGUGAAAAUGCAGUUUCAGGGCAUAUACAGCUCAUAAUUCCUGGAGAAUCUGCUUGUUUUGCGUGUGCUCCACCACUUGUAGUUGCUGCAAAUAUUGAUGAAAAGACUCUAAAACGAGAAGGUGUUUGUGCAGCCAGCCUGCCUACCACUAUGGGAGUGGUUGCUGGGAUCCUAGUACAAAAUGUGUUAAAGUUUCUCUUAAAUUUUGGUACUGUUAGUUUUUACCUUGGAUAUAAUGCAAUGCAGGAUUUUUUUCCUACUAUGUCCAUGAAGCCAAAUCCUCAGUGUGAUGACAGAAAUUGCAGGAAGCAGCAGGAAGAAUAUAAGAAAAAGGUAGCAGCACUGCCCAAACAGGAGGCUGUUCAAGAAGAGGAAGAGAUAAUACAUGAAGACAAUGAAUGGGGUAUUGAAUUGGUAUCCGAGGUUUCAGAAGAGGAACUGAAAAAUUCUUCAGGUCCAGUUCCGGACUUACCUGAAGGAAUUACAGUGGCAUACACAAUUCCCAAAAAGCAAGAAGAUUCUGUAGCUGAGGUAACUGUGGAAGAUUCUGGUGAAAGCUUGGAAGACCUUAUGGCCAAGAUGAAGAAUAUGUAGAUAAUGGACUGACCUAUAUUUUAUUUCCUGAGUUUAAGCCUAUUUCCUUGCAAUUAAAAAAAAUCAUUUAAAAACUGACAAAGCUUAGGGCAGCAUUAAUUGAUACAUAAUCUUCACAGAAUUGUUACACUUUUUGAAAAUAGUGUUGUUUGUCGCUUUUUCCCUUCAACUAAAUCAGUAACUCCUAAAACUCCUGUUUCAUUCUAAUUAGGAAAACAAACUUAGCCACUGAAAUGCUUUGGCCUUUUGGGAGGGGUGGGAAGAAAGGACCAAUAUGAUGCUAUAUUUGUUCUCCUUUCAGUAAUCUUUUGUGGUCUGUUGCCUGAGGCCAUGGAUAAUAAAGUAGUAUGUGGUUCUCAAAUAUAGGGAAAGGACAGGAAGUACAACCAAUUGAUAGAGCUAGCAGGUAUCUACUCAUUGUAUUUAGAAUCCCUCUUUACAAGAAAAACUAUCCACUAUUAUUGGCCAACAGUGAAUUUAAAAUAAUCUAUAAAAUAAAAAAUAUCCUCUCAAAUGUUACCUAAAUACAAGCUAACAUGUAGUCAUUGGAAAAAGUUUGUAAACCUGUAUAUUCAAAACAAGACAAAGGCAAAUAAAAGUAAGCUUUCUUCAUGGAUAAGCAAAUAAAGGUACUUUCAGGAAGUACAAAUUAUAUUUCUGUAUUGACCAAGGAAAAGAAAUCCUUGCAUCUGUAGAAUACAUAUCUGGAGUCACUGCACUUUACUGAGGAGUAAGGAAUAAAUUUAGUUUAAGAUCAUCUAGAUUAUACCCAUCAUAUGGGCCACCUUCUGAGUACUUCAUUUAAAUUUGAUUUUCUAGAUAGAUAAUUGUCCUGUAUUGGCAUAAAGGAGACCUAAAUUACCACUGUAAUGACUGACAUGUAUUUAUUCACUGGAAGAGCAUCAUUUACUCUGAUCAUGACCACUAAAUUAUAAAUUGAUAAACUGGUUUUCUCUGAAGUUGCAUACAAAUAGUGAAAGCUUAGAGAGCCUAGUUAAAUUCCCAGUGGUUUGGAGACCAAUAAAAAAUAUGCAUGUGUAACCAUUAUUAGUAGGAUGUAACUAUGCUAUGCUAAUCUUCUAUUUUGAUGAUUUUUCUUUUUUUACUUUGAAGAUAUGAAUGACUAAAUUGUAUCUCUAGGGAAGAAAUAUUAGUACAAAAUGAAAAAUGCAAUUUUCACUUGUAAAAUAAAGUUCUGAUUUCAGAAAGUCCCAAAUACCAAAUAUGUUCAGUAUAUUUGCUUUGAGAUUGUAGAAUCAUAUAGUGAUUCUUCUGUUUAGAGUAAGGUCAGGAAAGUAAGGGGAUGGUAGCCUUGAAACUUAUUUAUGUUGCCUUGGUAGGUUAUUUGCCAUUAAAAGAAAAUUAGUGAAUUCAUCUGUAAAAUAGUUUUUUCUAGUUACUCAAGAUGUUUUGAAAUUCAAAAAAGAAAAAUAACCCCAUUCCUUUGGAACAUCAGGUACACUGAUUUGGGACGGCUUUGCUUGUAAUUUAAAAACUGUAUGGUUUGAUAAAGUAUAAUAGCCAGCACUCAUCUUUGUUCUGUUCUUAACAUGGCAUUGCACACUGCUGGUGUCUUACACUGUACUGUUACCUAAGUUAUCUGAUUUCUUUGUCUAAUAUUUUCCAUUAAAAAAUAGUUGAUUUUACCAGAAAGAAAUCUGGUAACAGGUAUCUUUUGCUACCUGGAGUGCUCUCUGGACAGUCUGUAUGCCAUGAAAAUGUAUAUAAUAGUCAAUAUGAGAAAUUAAUCAUCACUGAGUUUUACAUUCUAAAUAAACCUGUAGUGCUUGACCAUAUUUAGAAAUACUAUAGUUUCUAAUGUGAAAGAAGGAAACACACUCCCUAAAUUGCUGUAGCACAAAGGCUUUAAAUUACAGUAAAACAGUACGUUCAGCUUUGAACCCCUUCCGUAUUGUGAUUGGGAAGUUAAUUUAUGUACCACUUAAAUGUUUUAUGUGGUGAAAAAAAUACGUAUCCUAGGUUUCCUCACAUAAACAUACUCCUUGAAUACCUACAAACAGAGAUAACACGAAAAGGUAAUAACCAUUUAAGAAUAUUAAAGAAGCUUUGGGGCACCUGGGUGGCACAGCGGUUAAGUGUCUGCCUUCGGCUCAGGGCGUGAUCCCGGCGUUAUGGGAUCGAGCCACAUCGGGCUCCUCUGCUAUGAGCCUGCUUCUUCCUCUCCCACUCCCCCUGCUUGUGUUCCCUCUCUCGCUGGCUGUCUAUCUCUGUCAAAUAAAUAAAAUCUUUAAAAAAUUAACCCUCCAAUUGCAUUUUUCCCCACAUAUCUCUUUCUGCAAAGUAUUAAUGAAAAUUAUUACUACCAUUAUUUGGUUCCUACCAAUUUAGAUAUAAUUGAGUUGUCUGAAAGCUACCUUUUUCAUAGCAAAGGUGUGUAUCAGUGUGAACAUACUUCUGAGAACCUCAAAUACAAAGAGAUGUCUGUCCCAGCUUUUCUUUUUUUUAAGAUUUUAUUUGAGAGAGUGUGCACAUGUGUGUGCACGCACGUGUGCGAGAGAACAAGAGUGGGUUGAGGGGAAGAGGGGGAAGCAGACCCCGCUGAGCAGGGAGCCCGAUGCAGGUCUCCAUCCCAGGACUCCAAGAUCACGACCUGAGCUGAAGGCAGAUGCUUAACUGACUGAGCCACCCACGUGCCCUUAGUUUUAGUUUUUUAAGUAGACAUUUUACAUGAUAACAUUUGAGUUGGUAGUGCAAUAAGUAGUAAGAUCAAAGUAUAGCUUUUGAAAGUAUAUUUAAACUUAAAUUUCAUGAAAUAUAUGGAGUCCUCAACCUCCAACUGUAAUUUUUACCAUAAAUCACUUUGAAUACUAUUAUGUUUCCACUUAAUGUUUUUCAAGUCCAAAUUUUGUGGGAACAAAGAAUAAAUAUGCCUGUGAUUC